AUGCAGAGCUCGGACAUCCCCAAAGGAGAUCGAUCGACGUACGAGCAUGAAUGCCUGUCGAGGAUCUUGGAGAGCAUGGUGAUGGUCGAUCAGUUGAAUGCCCCAGCCCUUCAGUCAGCCGAGUUGGUGUGCCGUCGACUGCAGGUUAUCAGGGAGGCCCAUCGUAUUUCACCUGGACAGCCUGAUUACAGUGCAUCAGAUGUGAUGAUGGGUUGGAAGUAUCGACGAAGUGGACAAGGCAUCGACUCUACAUUGGCUGCACAUGUGGCAAAUGAGUUGAAGGCAGAGGCCGCCAUCGCAAAGGAGGCCAGGAAAGCUCGAGAAGAACAGGCAGCCCGCCGCAAAGGUCGCGCGCCCAAGAAAGGAGCGGCCGAAGGAGUUGAGGCCCACUGCAUGAGCACAGAGAAUUCAAAACUACAUGGAGAGGCGCUGGGUCAUGAUGACCGGUGGAGAGAGCUCUUUCCUUUGCCCCUGUGCCCAGAGGUUCCGAGGAAGGUACUUCUGCUGCCUUAUGCGGACAACCUGAAUGUCUGUGGCAUCAACGCAGAGGCUGUUCAGAGGGCGAAAGACGGGGCAGUUGCAAGGCUGAGACAGGUUGGACUGACGGUGCAUGAGGAGAUGGACGCUAACAACAUUUCCCAAUCUUUGGGGUACAUGAUCGAUGGAUCUGUCGGCCAGGUGACCCCUAUUCCAGAUCGACUACAUCGAGUACAGUUGGCCUUCAAAUGGCUGUCUCGGAGGCCCCGAGUUACGGGAAAAGCAGUGCAGCGAUUGUUGGGCCAUGCAGUGCAUUUCAUGAUGUUGAAGAGGGAGUUGUUGAGCAUUCCAAGACAUUUGUACGCAUUUGUUCAACAAGCAAAUGGGCGAUGCAGGCUGUGGUGCAGCGCGGCAGUUGAAGCUAGAUGGAUUGGCGAACUUUUGCCACUCUGUGCAACGGACCUGAGAAAACAGACAAGUGCAUUGCUUUCAGCUUCGGACGCUUCGUUGUCGGGAAUUGCAGUGUGCACUAGAACGCUAGAUGAGCAAACAGUUAGGGCAAUUGGUAGUUACAGGGAACGAUGGCGCUUCAAGGGCCGUAAUCCGGCAAAUCGACCACGACAGACUGCUCUGGAGGGACUAGACCCGUUUGUCGAUGUUGCUAGUGUCAAACCUGUUGGACCUGUCGUUGAGGACCCUUUUGAACUGGACAACCAAUUCCCAGAUGUUCCAAAGGCCCUUUUGGACAAUACUGAUUGGUCACUUCGUUUCUCCCAACGCAUGGUGUACAGUGAACAUAUCACAUUGUUGGAGGGAAGAGGCAUUGUUGCUUCCCUACGACACAAAUUCCGGAGCACGGGGCAAUUUCACCAGCAUCAUGUGCACUUGUCAGACAACCUUGGCAUGGUUUUGGCUGUUGACAAGGGCGCUGGGAACAUCUCCGGACAGGGAAAACUCCUCCCAGUGGCAGUGCCCUGCAAAAGCAAGCAAAAGAGGAAGCCAGUACAAGUUGGUUUGAGCAGCAGACAAGCAUUGCGCAGUCAGUUGCAGGGGAACAACAAAGAAGAGAGAGCAGAAAAGAGACAGAUCUACAAGCAAGCCGUGAGCAAAAUUCCUCGUUUUCAGGGUCAGACCUUUCUGGAGAUGAACGCCAUUUCAGAGGAGGUGGCCUCCGAUUACAGAAUUCGGAUGAGCAGGUUCAGGGCAUAUGCCAAGCUGGAACAGAUCUCUCUCCGAGGUCAAAAGAACUUGGACAGUGCCUUGAGCGCCUAUCUCAACGAGAUGUUCGAGGACGGAGAAGACAUUGGGGAGGCUACAAAGACCCUGGCUGCAGUGGUAGACAGCGUCCGCGAAUGCACCCAGAAGGGCAGCCUCCCGCGCUGCCGGAGGAGCUGGCAAGGAUGGAACAGACUGGACCCAGGGGCCACAAGGCCGCCAAUACCCUGGGAGUUGGUCGCAGCCAUUGUGAAUUACAUGCUGGCAAGACAACAGAUCAACGAAGGUCUUCUGGUGCUGCUGAUGUUCGAUGCCUAUCUCCGACCAGGGGAGGCAAUCAGCCUUCAUCGACAAGAUUUGGUGGAGCCUACAGUGCAGCAUCCAGUGUUUUGCCUCAACCUGAAUCCUUCCGAAAGGGGCGCAAGCUCAAAGAUGGGGCUGUCGGACGAGACCAUAGUCCUGGACGGAAAGGAGACACCAUGGAUGGGGCUGCUGCUCAGGAGACACCUGGAGACCCACAAGUCACAAAAGUUAUUUCCAAUAGAGUAUCGGCAACUAAAAGACGCCUGGCAGAAGGCUCUGGUUGGUGUGCAGCUGUCGAACAAGCAUUGUGUGUUGUAUCAGUUGAGGCACUCGGGACCAUCCCACGACCGGAUGACAAAGGCAAGGAGCCUUGUGGAGAUCAAGAAGCGUGGCAGGUGGUUGAGCGACUCUUCCGUUCGGCGCUACGAGGCGGCUGCACGCCUCAACCAGGAGUUUCAGAAGUUGCCAAGAGCAGUACAGACAAAGGCUUUAGCCGCGCCACAACUUCUGCAGCAGUGGGUCCAAAAGUGUGAUGCUGCUUUCGAUUUGAGAAACUUCAUCGAGGAGCAGUUCGGCUUCCUUGCUCUCAUCCUCUCCGAAGCGCGCGCCUCGGCCAGCAACGCCUGGUGGAGCGGCGGAAGCCGCGCGCGGGGCAGCCGCUGGGGCAAGGGCAGCGUCUCUGGACUCGCCUGGAGCACGGUGAAGAAGGUGGCCAAGGAGCGCGGAGUGAAUCAGAAGCUGCUGAGUUUGAAGGUGAACGUGCCGGAAGCCCGACCUGAAUGGCCCACCUUUCGCACCGCUUGGCUCUUCGAACUGCGCCUGCCGCGGCUCCCAGAGAAGGCGGCGCUCUUCUUCGUGGAGCGCGCGGCGCCCGGCCGCCAGGACCUGCGUGUGGACCUGUGUGGCUUUCCUCCGGCCGCCUGGGGGGUGGAAUGA